AAGACUGGAUCCAGUAUAUUGCAAUGUCAUUUAGCCUACGUUUUGACUACAGCGGUCCAAAUCAUGGCGAGUAGAAACCUCGAAUGUGAACUACGCACCGGCGCUCAGAGAACGGGCUCUGGGAUUUCAUACGAGGACUUGGGCUGCGAUGGACCCGAUGAUGCAAAAAUAUCCAGCGUGGGGCUAAACCUUAAAGCUAGUGUAGGUACUAAAGGUGAGGGACGGAGCAGAGAAGAAACCAGGAGUAAUGCUGCUGAAAAUCAAUACAGCAGGGAUGAGACCAAUUUUGUAAAGAAGCUCAACCAGUACUGUCAAAAAACAAAUACUUCUGUCAACUACACCUGUGAGAAAAGAUGUGGUCCAGCAAACAAAGCCCGAUUCUUCUGCAAGUAUAUCAUUGAUGCAAACGUAUACAUGGGAGAGGGUGAAAGUGAAUACAGAGCCAAACAACAUGCAGCUCAGCUGGCCUUGACUGCUAUCCAUCAACAGUCUGACUGUGACAGCUGGGUUGCUUACAGCAGCAAGAGAGAAGAUACCAGUAGAAGCAGUACAUCAACCAAUUGUAGAUUAUAUUCGUUUCUUGACAGAUCGAAUCAAAUGGUUGACAGAAGUGAACAGAAGGUCAAUUCUAAAAGUCUGAGUAGCAGCAAGGAGAACAGUGACUGUAAUGCUGCUGAAAAUUCCAUGAGGUACUUAAGUCUGUCCUCCACUGACAACAGCAGAGAAGGAGAGGAUUAUGUCCGCAAGGUCAACCAGUUUUGUAACAGAGAAGGACUCACUGUUGACUUCAACUAUGAGAAAAGAUGUUCAACAAACACUUCCAGGUUUUUCUGCAAAUAUGUGAUCAACGGCCGUGAAUAUCCAGAAGGUGAAGGUGACAGCAAGUACAAAGCCAAACAAAGUGCAGCCAGGCUGGUCUUGGCUGCUCUCCAAACACAGUCAACAGUCUCGGAAAGCAAGGAUUCUGUGUCUACAGCUGAUGGCUCAAGUACAUCAGAUACACAGGGCUACACCGAAUCUUCACAAAAAACAUCAAACACCAGUAAAAGUGACUCUGUUGUAUUUGCUGAGUCGUCAGACCACGUCGAAGCUCAGGUGGCAGUAACAAACAAGAGUGAAAGAAAUGAUGACGGUCAUAAAUCGAAUCAGCCAAGAUUUCAACUAGAAUUCGACUCCAUUGUUCAUCUUGGAAAAGGAGGCUUUGGUCGUGUUUACAAAGCUAGAGAGAUACUGAUAAACAAAGACUACGCUGUCAAGAUUGUUCGUGGCAAAAAAAAAGCGCUGAGAGAAGUGGUAGCCUUAUCAGACCUCUCCCACCAUAACAUUGUUCGAUAUUUCAAUUGUUGGAUGGAGGAUUCCGGAUACAGUGAUGACAGUUCAAGUGACGAUUCUCGAUCCCACAGUAAUUCACCUCAACAGUUCCUGUACAUUAAGAUGGAAUUGUGCAGCACCGAGACACUAAAAAACUGGAUAGAAAAGAGGAAUGAAAAAAAUGGGCAAGACUCCGAGCGGGGAGAAGAAGCUUUGAACCUUGCUGAACAAAUUGUCGCUGGUGUCGAGUACAUUCACCAGAAAAAACUCAUCCACAGAGACCUAAAGCCUCCCAACAUUAUGUUUGGACAGGAUAAAAAGGUAAAGAUUGGAGACUUUGGUUUGGUCACAACUGAGGCUGACGACAACGACGAAAACUUGAUGAAGCGUACAAAGGGAACCGGAACCCACUCUUACAUGGCUCCUGAACAGCAUAACAAAAGCUAUGAUCGGAAGGUGGACAUAUUCGCUCUGGGGUUGAUAUAUUUUGAGCUUCUUUGGAAAAUCUCUACUGGCCAUGAAAGAGAUAAGGUUUUCAUGGAAGUCAAGUCCCAGAAAUUCCACAAAGACUUUCAGUUUUGUUUCUCCAAAGAGCAUAAGAUCAUUAAGUCAAUGCUGUGCAAGGAGCCAGGCCAGAGACCUGAAGCAAGCGCCCUGGCAGCAGAUCUGAAAAAGUUGUCUAAGGCACUCAAAGCACAGAAAACCGAGCAUAUGGAAAAUAAAACUGUGUAAUACUCACAGGAAGGUAUCCUUGAUUAAAAUGAAAUAUUGCCAUGUAAACAAAAGACAUUUUUCAAAAAGCACAAUAAUGAUUAGUUAUGCAGUUACCAAUGAGACAUAGUCAGCUGCUGCUUUAUUGCUGUUUCUUAUAAUCAUCCACAUAUUUAUCUUUUUAUCAGCAUAAACAUGGUGUUGUUUUGGUGCUGGUGCUGAGGUCUUCACUUAUGCCUGUAAAUGUGUUCAACAUGUAAAAUAUAACAUAUAUAAUAUGAAAUACUUUACUGAAUUUGAGGACUUUAAACCUGUUGUACUCAUUUUACAUUUUGUGAUGAAAUACAUUAUGCAAGACAAUGAUCUUAACGUUAGAUAAAGAUGCAGUCACAUUUGUUUACUUUUUCAACAACAUAUAAUUGUUUCUUCAUAUUUUUCUGUUACUGUUACUUUACAAGUUUUUUUUUUCUAUGCAAAUGCAUUUAUCACUGUUCAAUACUGUUCACAAUGUCUUGUUAUCAGGUCAUUGUUGACUGUUGAUCUUUUAACUAUUUUUAAAUGCUACUGUGAUGAGUAUCUGCUGGUAGAUUUACCUUUCAACGAGUGUUGGGUUUGUUUACAUCAGGGGUGCCCAUAAGGUCGAUCGAGAUCUACCAGUAGAUCUCGUUUACUACUUUAGUCAAAGUAGUAAAUAUAUAUUUAUAGGUUUAAAUGUAGGUAGAUCACUCUACCCCAGUCAUUUGAAAAGCAGCUGCCAAGCUGAAAAAGUGUGGACACCCCUGGUUUACAAGCCUGUAGUAAACUGUAAAACCAAUGACUGUUGUCUAUCAAUAAAUCACAUUUAUCUGUUGGA